AGACUCUCUUUGCUCCUUUGUACCUUCAGGUCUUCUUUUUUUCCCACCCCUCAAGGGGAAAAAAGAAGGGGCUUCAAGUUCCCCUGAUCCCUGUAAAAAUGGUCCUCUUUAAGGCCAAAUUUUCUUUCCAGAGGCGGGUGAAACUUGCACAAACUCUAUGGCUUCUCUCCUGGCUCAGUGUCCUAGUAGGGUGCCUGACAUUUGGAAUGGGGAUCUUUCUAAAGGUACAGCUCUGGAUACACAAUGAAGUGAUGGAAAACACCUCAGCUCACGCUGUUCCUAACACGGUGAUAACAGCAGGGUUAGUGGGAAUACUCCUUGGUAUUUAUGCAGGGAAGGUCAGCCAGGCCUCUAUGGAUGUGACCAAGUACCAACGCUGGAAGUCUUUCAUGAUGCCCUUUUUCUUUUUGGCUAUCCUGAGCUGUUUAGUAUGCUUAGCUGCCCUAGUCCUCAGUGUGGCAUUGAGGGGCACCUUAGAAGAAUCACUUAAAAUAGGGCUAAAGAACGCAAUUCGAUUUUAUAAGGACACAGACACGCCUGGACGCUGCUAUCAAAAGAGGAGCAUGGACAAGCUGCAGAUGGAUUUCCAGUGCUGUGGAAACAACCACCCCAAAGACUGGUUUGAGGUGCAGUGGAUAAGCAAUCGUUAUCUGGACUUCAGCUCUAAGGAAGUCAAAGACCGUAUAAAAAGUAAUGUGGAUGGACGGUACCUGAUGGACAGUGUCCCAUUCAGCUGCUGUAAUCCCAGCUCACCCCGGCCUUGCAUCCAAAUGCAGAUCACCAAUAACUCAGCCCAUUACAGCUACAACUACCAGAGCGAUGAGCUUAAUAUCUGGGUGAGGGGCUGCAGAGAGGCGCUGUUAAGCUACUACACUGGGAUUAUGGCAACUAAUGGGGCUGCAGUUACCCUGUCUUUUCUUCUGCAGGCCUCUGUGCUGGUCAGCCUUCGCUAUCUGCAUACCUCUAUGGACAAGAUCAGUGGUCCUGAUGAUAUGGAGGCAGACACAGAAGGUUUUAUUUUGGAGAAAGGAGUAACGGAAACUAUGAACACUACCCUGGAGAAAAUGAAAGGUCUUUUCAUGUCAAAUCAGGUGGAGACAGCAGAGGGAGGUGGAGAAGCAGCGGCGGCCAGCUAGGUAUCCCAACAAUGGGGUAUGAAGGGAUAAGCUCUGGGAGAUGUAGAGACCCUAGAGAUAGCCCAAGGCUGCUUGUUUAUUAAAUAACCCUUCUCUGGAUGGAAGACACUUGAAUGCUGCGUCCCAGAAGUCUACAGUUGACCCUGGGAUGUGGGAGGUAUGGAGGUGUUUAGGGGUUGAGAUCCCCAAAACUGUAGUCGCCAAAAUGUAGAUUCAACAGUAUCAAGAAUAAAGUGCGAGACUGCAAAAAAUAUUGUAACGU